ACAGGAAACAAGAGACGCGAGGAGCCACUCGACUGUUCACGGAGCUGAAGGGAGGCACAUGACUCUCUGCUCAGAGGGAUCAACGUUUCAGCUGUGAAAGCUUGUGGAUUACUGGAUGUGCAGGGCAGCUUUUGGAUACUGAUACAGGUAUUUUGUGGAUGUGCUUUAUACAUUCCAGGAUUUAAUUUCACAAACUGAGUGAGCAGUCUUCAGCAUUCAGGACUUUAAUUCAAAUGAAAUGCAAAACGUCCCUGCCUGCUGUGCAUGGUUGGAUUAACAAGCUGAACGUUUUUUUUAUGACUGACACAAGUGCACAGUUGAGGAGAACCUUAUUUCUCUGUAAAUUUUACAAACGUGUCAACAUUUAAACAUGUUGAACAGCAGCCUACAGGUUAACACCAGUGGACUGAGCUCCAAUCAGAAUUUCAUGAUUUGCAACAAGAGUGAUGAAUUCAAGUACCCUAUGUAUAGUGCAGUCUUUAGCCUGGUGUUUAUUGUGGGACUUUUCUUCAACCUGAUUGCAGUUUACAUUUUUGGCUGCACACUGAAGCUGCGGAACGAGACGACCACCUACAUGAUGAACCUCGUAGUUUCAGACUCUCUCUUCGUCCUCAGCCUGCCUUUUCGGAUCGUUUACUUCAUCAAACGUGAAUGGAUGUUUGGAAGCGUGCUCUGCAAAAUCUCUGUGGCUUUGUUCUACACCAACAUGUACGGCAGCAUCCUCUUCCUCACCUGCAUCAGCGUCGACCGUUUCCUGGCCAUCGUGUAUCCGUUCCGCUCCCAAACUAUUCGCACUCGGAGGAAUGCAAAACUGGCCUGUUGCACAGUGUGGGUGAUGGUUCUUUCUGGAAGUAUACCCACUGGUUUCCUUUUGGACACAUCUUCCCCUAAAAACAUAAACGCCUCCUACUGCUUUGAAAACUACUCCAGAAAGCAGUGGAAGGCCUCGCUGUCGAAGGUGGUGGUGUUUAUUGAGACGGUGGGCUUCAUCAUCCCGUUGCUGGUCAAUGUUUUCUGCUCCAUCAUGGUGCUACGGACACUGAGGAAACCGAACACCAUCAGCCGGGGAGGGAACCUCAACAAGGCGAAAAUCUUGAGGAUGAUCAUCGUUCAUCUGCUCAUCUUCUGCUUCUGUUUCAUUCCUUACAAUGUUAACCUCAUGUUCUAUGCCCUGGUGCGCUCCAAGAUCCUGAAAGGAUGCCAGGCAGAGUAUGUGGUCAGAACCAUCUACCCCAUAGCUCUGUGCAUAGCGGUGACCAACUGCUGUUUUGAUCCAGUCAUUUACUACUUUACUUCAGAGAGCAUUCAGAGCUCCAUCAAACGCAAGUCCACCGUGUGGAACAACGGAGCCAAGCUGCUGGACAGACUGCACAUGGACAGCUCACAGAGCAGUCCAAACACAACACCCAAAAGCCUCACCCUGCGGCCUCAGAGAGGAAAAACAUUCAAUGAUGAGUCUACAGUCUAAUGAAAACUCUAUUACGGGACAUUAUUAAUAAUUAAGUGCUUGCUGGUGGAACUAGAUUUGAAUCUGAGGACUUGAGCGGCCUUGAAGAUCAUAACUCUGGUCUACUGGACACCACAGUGUUUUAGACUGGGACACUGGUUCCCAUUCAGUCAACAGAAAGGUGGAGCAAGUCAAAGAGAAACACUUGGAAGUGUUACAGCAUAAAGACUCCUUAUGAGAACACAUAGAAAGCAUAGAAUGUGCUUUAAUGCCAAUGACAGCUGUAUGUAAACCAUCGUCAUGUAAGUGCAGAAUGCUGUAAAUAAGUAUCAUCUUGUGCACACGAGACUUGGAGAUUGUUUUAUUCCUUCGAGCAGAUUCUCCUUUGGGAAAACUCUGCUUUGCCAAAGCUGAACCAGUAUUACGACUCUUUUUAUGUACUGUACUGUACAGUUUCUGUGUGGUUGCCUCAUUCAGGCUUUUUAGCACUUUAUAGAGCAGCAUGUUCUAUAACAGCUUUUACUAUAAAACU